AUGGAUGUUUGUGAUCCACAAUGUGUCAAAGAUCCUUGGGACCGUUAUGCUGCUGUUAUCAAAUCAAAUAUGCGUCGGUAUUUGAAUGAAAACCAUAAUGUUACCAAUGCUUCUGAAUUUGUUGAAGCGUGGCACUCUCAUAAAGGAGUCAAAGGGGCUCUUGCACUUGAUUGUGAAAUUACGAAUAAUAUGCGUCAAAAAGAAAACAAGUGCAAGAUUAAACAGAUAACUGAUUUUUUUAAUUUCGAGUAUUUAAGAAAUGGGCUCUUAGUACAUCGCUCAUGGAAUAUUGGUUGUGGUCUCCUGAUACCCUGGCCACAGUUAAAUCGCAGUAGCGAUGUUUAUAGCCUAAUUUCUAAAGGCAUAGAUGGUUUUGCUCAUGAAUGGGUACAGACUAAUGAGAAGUCAGUCGAUCAAAGUAUAGAUGCUGAUGGCAGUGAUGAACAGAAAGUGAUGUUAUCACAAAAUCCUAACGAGCUGAAAAGCCUAUAUGAAUGUAAUGUCGAGUCAGGUUGUACGGCUGAAUUCCUAAGAUUUAAAUUAGCUAAUAAACAUCUUGCUUCAUUGCCUAAAGUUAAAAAAUUUCAAUGUCAAUUACUUUUAAAAGAAUACAAUGAAAAACAAAAGAAUUUGAUUGGAAUAAAUAAAGAAUUAAAUAGAAAUAUAAUAAAUGGUUUUUAUAAUAUGUUUUCUCCUCAUCAUCGUUACCGUAUAAAAUCGCAAUUAUAUGAUAAAGAACAAUACAAAUUAGCUCGAUUUAAAAAUUUACAUUCAAUAAAAAUUUCUAAAUUAUUAAAUGCAUAUGGAGAUUAUACACGAGCUCAUCUUCUUUCUAUAGACAAAUUAGUAUAUAACUUAUCAUCACAAUUACUUACUUUACCACAAUUAAAAUUAUUAAGUAGAGGUUGGAAAUUUUGUAUUGAAGAAAGAAUUACUAAACCAUUAAAUAUACAAAUUGAAAUAGAAUAUGAAUUAAUAAAGAUAAAAGAAGAAUCGGAAAAGAAAAAUAUUGAUUGGGAGCAAUUAUGUAAUAGAAUUAAAGUUAUUUCUAAUGAAGUGAUAAAUAAAUGUGGAAACUUCGGAUUUAAAUCCGAGAGUUAUGUGUACUUCAAAAAGUGAAUUAAACAGAUAAGUCAUCCUAGAAUGUGUGGACAUCAAAAUUAUCCUGGCAAAUAUUUCCUAUAAACACUUGACUUCUAUUGGCUAUUGCUCACCCAAUAUGACUUGGGGGCGAAUACAGAUCAGAUUCGAA